GUAAAAUACGACUUUUAAGGCGUUUUCCCUGCGAGUUUUCUGUUUCUCCACAGACUUACUGACUCAUGAUGCUGCUUCUCAGGUAGAGGGCUAGCAAAUCACUCAGAAGGUACAGAAUGCAAAGAUGGCACAGAUUCUUGCACCGCCGGGACCACACAGCUUCUGCCUGUUUACCCAGGAGUCGCUCAAGGCCAUUGAAAAACGAAUUGCAGAUGAGAAGAGUAAAAAAACUAAGAAAGGAGAGCAAGAGGGAAAUAUUCAUGAUGAGGAUCAGCCCCAACCAAACAGUGACCUGGGGGCAGGGAAGAAAUUGCCCUUUAUAUAUGGGGACAUUCCUGAUGGAAUGGUGUCCACACCGCUGGAAGAUCUGGACCCAUUUUAUUGCAGUCAGAAAACCUUUAUAGUAUUGAACAAAGGGAAGGCAAUCUUCCGAUUUAAUGCCACUUCUGCCUUGUACAUGCUAAGUCCAUUCAACCCAAUCAGAAGAAUAUCAAUUAAGAUUUUGGUACAUUCAUUGUUCAACAUAAUAAUCAUGUGUACGAUCCUUGCAAACUGUGUGUUUAUGACUUUUACUGAACCCGAGAAUAAAGCCUUGUUCAAGGGGAUAGAGUACACAUUUACUGCGAUAUAUACAUUUGAUUCAUUAAUAAAGAUCUUAGCCAUGGGCUUCUGUAUAGGCAAGUUCACCUACCUCAGAGACCCGUUCAACUGGCUGGACUUCACUGUAAUUGUGAUGGCGUAUGUGACAGAAUUUGCCAAAGGUUUGGGUAAUGUCUCUGCUUUGAGAUCUUUUAGAGUUGUUCGGGCCCUGAAAACAAUAUCAGUUAUCCCAGGUCUGAAGACCAUUGUAGGAGCUCUGUUCCAGUCAGUAAAGAAACUUUCAGAUGUGAUGAUUCUGACUGUCUUUUGUUUGAGUGUAUUUGCACUGAUUGGCCUGCAGAUUUUCAUGGGCAACCUGAGGAAUAAAUGCAUAAGGAUACCACCCGGUGGCAGUAUAGAUGCAAUGGGAAAUCUGCAUACUGAUAACUCCACUGAGUUCAACCGCACAAGUUACUAUGGUGAUAAAAAUAAUUAUUAUAAACUUGAAGGAAAGAAAGAUCCUCUCCUCUGUGGAAAUAGCAGUGAUGCAGGGCAGUGCCCGGAUGGUUAUUUCUGUCACAAAGCAGGCGACAAUCCAAAUUUUGGCUACACCAGCUUUGAUAACUUUGGUUGGGCUUUCCUGUCUCUCUUCAGACUGAUGACUCAAGACUACUGGGAAAAUCUCUACCAACAGACUCUUCGAGCAUCAGGGAAGAUCUAUAUGAUCUUCUUUGUGCUUGUGAUAUUCCUGGGAUCGUUUUACCUCGUGAAUCUGAUCCUGGCUGUGGUGGCCAUGGCCUAUGAUGAACAGAACCAGGCCACUUUGGAGGAGGCUCUGGAAAAAGAGAAAAAGUUCCAGGCUAUGAUGGAACAGCUCAGGAGGCAACAAGCAGAGGCCCAGGCGGCAGUUGCAGUAUUUGAUAAUGGCAACCUUAGUGGAGACAGUUCUUCUGAGGCCUCCAGACUCAGUUCCAAAAGUGCCAAAGAACGAUGCAACCGGAGAAAGAAGAGGAAGCAGAGAGAGGAGGACGUGGAGAAAGGGGACAACGAAAAGGUCCACAAUUCUGACCCAGAGAGCAACAUUAGAAGGACCAGCUUCCGAUAUUCUGUGGAUGGAAACAUACUAUCAUAUGAUAGGAUAUAUCAGUCUCCUCAUCAGUCACUUGUGAGUAUUCAAGGUUCAGUCUUCUCUCCACGCCGCAACAGUAGAACUAGCAUCUUUAACUUUCGUGGCCGCCUGGGAUCAGAUAAUGGAUUUACAGAUGAUGAGCACAGUGUGUUUGAGGAAACAGGCAGCCGCCGUGGCUCUUUGUUUCUGCCACAUUGCUCUGUGCGUCAUUACAGUACUGGCAGCAGGAACAGCUUGACCCCACAUGUUUUCCUGUCUCCAAAUGGAAAAGUGCGCAGCUCUGUGGAUUGCAAUGGCAUAGUGUCAUACGUGACCGGGAACUCACUGCCCAGCUCUCCAGAUGUUCUGCAGUUGCCUGAGGUGACCAUAGAUAAAACAACUACAGAUGACAGUAGGAAAAAAGAGGAAUACAGGAGGAGAUAUGAGGCCGAACAACUCUCACCAGGGUUUUUGACUGAGCAGAUAGCCAGACAGAGGGCUCUGAGUGUAGCGAGUAUUAUCACCAACACAAUGGAAGAGCUGGAGGAUUCAAGGCGGAAGUUCCAUCCAUGUUGGUAUAAGUUUGCAAAAACGUUUCUAAUCUGGGAUUGCUUUCCAGCAUGGAUGAAAUUAAAGAGAUUAGUGCACAUGUUUGUUAUGGACCCAUUUGCGGAACUGUUCAUCACCAUCUGCAUUGUAAUCAAUACAAUUUUCAUGGCCAUGGAGCAUCACAACAAGAGUAACUAUUUUACGGUGACCCUUCGCGUGGGCAACUAUGUUUUCACAGGGAUUUUUACAGCUGAGAUGAUCCUCAAGAUUAUAGCAUUGGAUCCUUAUAAAUACUUCCAAGAAAGCUGGAAUAUAUUUGACAGUGUCAUUGUAACCCUGAGUAUCAUGGAGCUUGGGUUGGAAAAAGUACCUGGAAUGUCUGUUCUUAGGUCAUUUCGUUUGCUUAGAGUCUUUAAGCUGGCUAAGUCUUGGCCCACUUUAAAUAUGCUGAUCAAAAUAAUUCACAACUCAGUGGGUGCCCUCGGCAACCUGACGCUCGUCCUGGCCAUCAUUGUCUUCAUCUUUGCCGUAGUAGGCAUGCAGUUGUUUGGGAAGAGUUACAUGCAAAAGUAUUGUAAUAAUUCAUCAAACUGCACUCACCCUCGCUGGCACAUGAGGGAUUUCUUCCACUCCUUUCUGAUAGUAUUCCGUGUGCUGUGUGGCGAGUGGAUCGAGACCAUGUGGGACUGCAUGAACGUGUCUGGACAGCCCAUGUGCUUAACCGUCUUCCUCAUGGUCAUGGUGAUUGGAAACCUUGUGGUUUUGAACCUCUUCCUGGCCUUGCUGCUUAGCUCUUUUAGCGCAGAAAACCUGACACCUACAAAUGAUGACUGUGAAAUGAACAACUUGCAGAUUGCUAUGGGUCGCAUCCGCAGGGGUGUCAGAUUCAUUAAAGCUCGUCUGCGCAGCUUCUUUCAUAGCAACUGCUUUAGAAGGAGAAAGAAUAAGGUAAAGGAGGAAGAUGGUUUCAAAGAGGGCAAGAAGCUGGCUGAUAUGUCUACUCAUACCACAGUGGAGCUGAUUAAAGACCCAGGGUGUGAGAAGGUGGCAUCAGGUACUGGCUCUGAGGAUUUCAUCUUCGAUCCCACCUUGACUGUCUCUGUACCAAUAGCCACUGAAGACUCUGACCCUGAGUGCCACAACAUGGACAAUUUAAGCAGUUACUCUUCUGACAUGGAGGAAGAUAAAGAGAAACGGUCAGACAGUAUGAGCUCUUCAGAGGUCAGCACAGUGGACCUCCGACCCCUGAAGGAGAGAAGAGAAUCACUUGACUUUGAACUUGAAUUACCUGUGGAUGAUCCGGAUGCCUGUUUUCCACAAGGCUGUCUGAACAGGUUUCCUUGUUGCCAGGUGAAUGUGGAAAAAGGCAAAUGGAAAACGUGGUGGAACAUCAGGCACACCAGUUACAGGAUAGUGGAGCAUAACUGGUUUGAGUCAUUCAUCAUCUUUAUGAUCCUGCUGAGCAGCGCAGCACUGGCCUUUGAAGACAUAUACAUUGAGAAAAAGAAGACUGCAAAGACUAUUUUGGAAUAUGCAGAUAAAGUGUUUACCUACAUUUUCAUAUUGGAGAUGCUUUUAAAAUGGCUGGCAUAUGGAUUUGCUAGAUACUUCACCAAUGCAUGGUGCUGGCUUGACUUCUUGAUAGUUGGCGUCUCUCUCAUCAGCCUGGUUGCCAGUGCCCUCAAUUCACAACUCACUGCCAUCAAAUCUCUCCGUACACUGCGAGCCCUGAGACCUCUUCGUGCUCUAGCACGUUUUGAAGGCAUGAGGGUGGUGGUCAAUGCUCUUUUUGGUGCCAUUCCCUCCAUCAUGAAUGUGCUGCUUGUCUGUCUCAUCUUCUGGCUCAUCUUUAGCAUUAUGGGUGUCAACUUGUUUGCUGGAAAGUUUUAUGAAUGUGUGAAUACAACCACAGGCUCUCGCCUGAGUGUGGACCUCGUCCGAAACAUAACCGAAUGUCAAAGCCCGGAAGGUCGGUGGAAAAAUUUAAAGAUCAAUUUUGAUAAUGUUGGAGCAGGAUAUCUGGCUUUGCUGCAAGUGGCAACUUUCAAAGGCUGGAUGGAUAUUAUGUAUGCUGCAGUAGACAACCGUGGUGUAGAUCAACAGCCUCAGUAUGAGGCAAGUCUGAUGUACUACAUCUACUUUGUAGUCUUCAUCAUAUUUGGGUCCUUCUUCACAUUGAACCUUUUCAUUGGUGUCAUCAUUGACAAUUUCAAUCAACAGAAGAGAAAGUUUGGAGGUCAAGACAUUUUUAUGACAGAUGAACAGAAGAAAUAUUACAAUGCUAUGAAGAAACUUGGUUCGAAGAAGCCACAAAAACCAAUUCCCCGGCCAUCGAACAAGCUCCACGCUCUUCUCUUUGACAUUGUCACAAACCAAGCGUUCGACAUCUUCAUUAUGGUACUUAUAUGCCUUAAUAUGGUCACUAUGAUGGUGGAAAAAGAAGAUCAGACCUCAGAAAUACGCAGUCAUCUGAAGAAGGUCAAUAUGGUGUUUGUGGUCAUCUUCACAGUGGAAUGUGUACUAAAGAUGCUCGCACUUCGACAGUACUUCUUCACUAAUGGCUGGAACAUCUUUGACUUUGUAGUGGUCAUUCUCUCAAUAGUUGGCACGUUUGUCUCUGAAGUCAUUAAGUACUUCUUUUCUCCAACUUUGAUUCGUGUUGUUCGACUUGCUCGGAUUGGCCGAAUUCUGCGGCUCAUCAAAAGUGCCAAGGGAAUACGCACCCUUUUGUUUGCCUUAAUGAUGUCUCUCCCGGCCCUAUUCAACAUCGGUCUUCUUCUCUUUUUAGUUAUGUUUAUCUACGCAAUUGUUGCCAUGUCACAAUUUGCCUAUGUCAAGAAGGAAGCUGGAAUUGAUGACAUGUUUAACUUUGAGACUUUCGGCAGCAGCAUGUUAUGUUUGUUUCAGAUCACUACCUCUGCGGGGUGGGAUGGACUCCUGUCACCCAUUCUUAACAAGGGUCCUCCUGACUGUGACCCAGAGAAGGAUAACCCUGGCACCCAAGUUAAAGGUGACUGUGGCAACCCAACUAUUGGUAUCAUCUUCUUUGUGAGCUACAUUAUAAUAUGUUUCUUGAUCGUGGUAAACAUGUACAUAGCUGUGAUUCUUGAGAACUUCAGUGUGGCCACAGAGGAGAGUGCAGAGCCAUUAAGUGAAGAUGACUUCGAAAUGUUCUAUGAAGUGUGGGAAAAAUUCGAUCCUGACGCUACACAGUUCAUAGAAUACAAACAGUUGUCUGACUUUGCUGAUACCCUUGACCCACCUUUGCGUAUAUCUAAGCCCAAUAAGAUCCAGCUGAUUAAUAUGGACCUACCAAUAGUAAGUGGGGAGCGAAUCCACUGCAUGGACAUCUUGUUUGCAUUUACAAAGCGUGUUCUGGGGGAAAGUGGUGACAUGGAUGUGCUUCGCGGGCAGAUGGAGGACCGUUUCAUGGCCUCUAACCCUUCCAAGGAAUCUUAUGAGCCCAUCACUACAACUCUACGCCACAAGCAUGAGGAUGUGUCAGCUGUCAUCAUUCAACGGGCCUACAGGAUGCAUGCCAUGAAACAGAAUGCAAAAAUAGCCACCAACACAUACAAAAAAGCUGUACAAGGGAAUGGGGUGGUUUCAAACAAGGUCCCAGUGGUGACACACAGGUGUAACAACCAGCCUGCUUCAGACAAAUCUGACACAUCAACCUCUACCAUUGUCCCACCAUCAUAUGCCAGUUUAACACAAUCUGGUAAGAACAAAUAUGAGAAAGACAGGAAGCAAAAGGAAAUAAAAGGAAAAGAUAACAAGGAGCGGUAAAGGUAAAAUGAUUUUUUUUAAAAACCCACUAUUUAAAAAUACAGAGGUUUACAAUAUGAUUAUGUUUAUAUUGUAAUCAUGUAUAUGGAUCAACUAAUACUCUUUUCCAAAGUAUGGUUAUAUAUGCCAU